ACAACAUGUGUUGUCAAACCAGGUAGAUACUAGCUAGCUAGCUACUCCUUUCUAGUAUCUCUGGUCAAACUACUCGACAGCUAGCUGACGUUAAUGCUAGCUAGCUAAACAUUUAGCUAAUUAACCUUUUAGCUGACCCUGGUAAACAGAUGUGGUGAAUGCUACCACGAAAACAUGUCAAAGAAUAAGACGGCUGGAUACAAGGGUCCUUAUGGUUAUCAAAAAAGAAGAGAGGGGGAUGGAAGAAGUUGUGUACGUUACAAAUGUGGCCUAACAAACACCAUUCAAGAUGUCUUGCGACAAAGACCAGGCUGGAUGGAGGUCAAAGAUGAUGGAGAAUGGGAUUUUAACUGGUGUGAUGUUGGGUGGCUGAGGGAGAAUUUCGAUCACUCCUACAUGGAAGAACACGUGAGGAUAUGCCAUUUCCGCAAUCAUUAUGAGCUGACGCGCAAGAACCUAAUGGUGAAAAACCUGAAGAGGUACCGCAAAACCCUUGAGAGGGAAGCUGGCCGCAUUGAAGCGUCCAAAUGUGACUUUUUCCCCCGAACCUUUGAACUACCCAGUGAAUACCACCUCUUUGUGGAAGAGUUCAAACGGAGCCCGGGCAGCACCUGGAUCAUGAAACCGGUUGCAAGAUCUCAGGGGAAGGGCAUUUUCCUAUUUCAAAAACUGAAAGACAUCAUGGACUGGAAAAAGGAUGGGAGUCGCUCAGAGGAGCAGAGAGAUGAGACUCAAGUGGAGAGCUACGUUGCACAGCGCUACAUAGAAAAUCCCUACCUUAUCAGUGGAAGAAAAUUUGACUUGAGGGUUUAUGUAUUGGUUACAUCAUAUAUCCCACUGAAGGCAUGGUUAUAUCGAGAUGGUUUUGCUCGAUUCUCCAGCACCCGAUUCUCUCUCACCAGCAUUGAUGACCAGUAUGUCCAUCUCACCAAUGUGGCAGUGCAAAAAACAGCGCCAGAUUAUGAUCCUGAAAAGGGCUGUAAGUGGCAGAUGCAGCAGCUUCGGCGAUACCUGACUGCGAGGCAUGGCACAGAGACCAUAGAGGCUCUGUUUAAGGACGUUGACAACAUAUUUGUCCGUAGCCUGCAGAGUGUGCAGAAAGUAAUCAUCAACGACAAACACUGCUUUGAGCUCUAUGGCUAUGACAUCCUACUGGAUCAGGACCUCAAACCGUGGCUGAUAGAGGUGAACGCCUCUCCCUCUCUCACCGCCAGCAGCAAAGAGGACUACGACAUGAAGUGUUGUCUGCUGGAGGACACCUUACACAUCGUGGACAUGGAGGGCAGAUUGACUGGCAGAGAAAAGAGGGUUGGUGGUUAUGACCUUAUGUGGAACGAUGGACCUGUCUACAGAGAAGAUAUCAACCUAGAGACACUGGGCAGCGCCUGUUUCACUGCAAACACACACCUCGGCUGUGUAAACGACAGAAAGAAGCAACUCCGUCAGCUUCUAAAACCAUUUCCUGGGAAGAAGAGGAUAUGACGCACUACCCAAAAAUAUUUUCCAAUUGAAACCAACACGCCUACAUAUCACCACCAUUAUACAGUUUCCAGCAAUAUUUCAUAAAUAUGUAUUUUCUUACAACCUCACUCAUAGAUGGUAAGGUCACACUCACUCAAUGAUAUCACUCAAUGAUUCAGUGCAAAGCAUAUUUAUUUCUAUGCCUUACAAACAACUGCAUUCAACAUUGAGAAAAUAUGCACCACUUUCUGUGUGCGUGUGAGAAUGUUUACGACAACUCUACUCCCUGAUCUAUGGCUUUACAUUAAUAUUGAAUAAAUAAAGUGCAAUUUAACACAGUAUGACUAUUACAUGUAUGUAGCGCUUCAAUUAAUAAAUUCCACAUAAAGUACAAUACAUUGAUAGACGUUCUAAUGUAAACAAAUGGAAUAACUGUUAAAUUAUGCAAAAAAAUAUACAUUCAGCUUUUUUGCUUAACAUUUUUCCUACCCAAAACUGUAAACAUAAAUGUCAAUGACAAAUGCGAAUCAAAAUGUGAUUAACACAAUAUCUAUCAUAAAUAGAACUAUGGUAUACAAAAUUUGGAAAAAUACGCAUUUACAUUCGUAGCAAACAUUAGACUGUCUCUCUUGAACAAAAAAAAGAGCUUAGCCCUAUGCAAAUUAUACUUGUAAUAGACAAUGUCAAUUAAAGUCUAUUCAAACAAGAGAAAGCCCUUACACAAGUAUACCUUGAAUAGAGUAUAUCAUUCAUAUUGAACCAAUAAACCAUCAUUCCAACAAUAUCACAAAGUGUGUGUCUCUCCGUAUUCAACAAUUUAACUCUUAGACACAGAAACAAAUGAGGCACCAAAGAAAGAUACAUGAUGGUCAAGCAACAAAGAAAAACAUAUAGUGAGAGAAUAAAGGAACAAAUACAUUCCAACACCAAAAACAGCUCCACUAGACCGAUGAUGAUGGCUAUUUUGAGUGAACCUCAGGCUCUGUGGAUCAGCCUACUUGCUGACUAAAUAAUUAAUGGUCGACUAAUAAUAGGCCUAUAUGUUGUCUACUUUUCAACAUCAAUAACCUGUACUAACAAAAAUGGCUGUACAGUGCAAAGUGCCUUGAGCCAACGUCUUCAGUUUGCCUAAAAGCCUUAAUUGAUUACAGUCUGAAAUAAACAUGUUUGGAAAGAAUAUUUGCUCCACACAUUAGAUCAUAAUAUCAGAUAUCAUGGUCCAAGCUCCAUGUAAAGGCUUGUGUGUAUUGCCCAAACCAAAAUUGUUACAGUGCAAGAUUGUUACAGUACAACAUGUUGGCAAUGUUUUUAUUCUUUGACCUAUUAAAAUAUCACUUAAAAUCAA